ACUACCGCCACUAUUACUUUCAAUGGUCCAUAACAUCAUUCCCAGACAGCAAUAACUCUUCGUCAGCGGGAUAAGAAGUUAAAUUUAACGACUCCUACGCCACAUGUCGCCCGCUGCCAAUAAUACGUACAUAUAUCAAUUAAUCUAAAUCCGCCAAUCUACCCACGUAGCUAUCACGACUGUGGAAACGAUCUCCACUUGAAUUGACGCUAUUUCAUACUAUUAAAAAACCCCGAAGACCCUGGACGUCAGGGACCACAACCGGGAAGCUAUACACGCCUAAGCUCUCGCUUGAAGACGGGCACUAUGCCGCGAUCAAGUUUCUCGGAUAACCCGUUAUUACGGGUGUCACGACCAGUGUCAGCUUGCUCUAGAUGUCGAAGUGCUAAAGUCAAGUGUGAUGGGAAAUUGCCGGCGUGUACUGCCUGCGAGAAGGCUGGCCGAGAGAAAGAAUGCUCGGCUGCCAACGAUCAAUUCGCUAGGGGCAAGGAACGAAGCUACGUCGCUGCGCUCGAACUCCGCAUAGAGAAGCUAGAAAAGCGACUUGCGUACGCUCGAUCAAGAAAGGCGUCUGUCGCUCAGCAUGAGUCCGAGGUAUCACCAGCGCAGCCGGAGCCUGACCGGAAAGAUUCGCUUGCUCUCAUUAAAGCGGCUAUAUACCGUAAAGCUGCUAGGAAACGAGAAAUGUCCGAUGUCAAUUCGUUGAUGUCUGACUUUGGCUACUUGUCGAUCAAUGCUACGACAAGGGAUUUCGAACCCACGAUGAGCAACAUGACAUUUGCACGCCUCGUGUUGGCCGCCGCUUCUAACGACCCGCUUCCAAACGUCGUGGACUUAACUCUGCCUCCUAAGCAGGACGCCGUUGCUCUUGUUCAAUAUUACAUGACAAAUAUAUACUCCUUGUUUCCUGCAUUCCCUGAAACAACACUUUACACCAUUCUUGAGCAAAUGUACUCGUUUCAGGAGCGAGCAAUCAAAGAUGUUGACUAUUGGCUCGUAUAUAUGGUGCUAGCCGUUGGGUCCGCCGCCCAGAGCCAAACGAAGAACGAUAAUUACUAUCGUAAUGGACUACGCUUUGUGGCUCAAGCCUUGCAACACGCAGACAGGGCGUUGAUGCCAGGCUACACAACACAGAUUCAAUCUUUGAUUCUACUCACUCAAUACUCUAUGCUAGAUCCGGCUCAUUUCGAUAGCUGGCACUUGAUCGGCUUCACCUCCAGAGCAGUAAUCGACCUGGGAUUUCACCAGGAUCCCCCGCCGGAACAGCUCUCAGACAAAGCCGUGCUGGAUAUGAGGCGGAAGACCUUCUACUGCGUUUAUUCAUUAGAUAGAUCUAUCAGUAUGGUCCAUGCGCGCGCCUUCUCUUUCACUGACGCAUCAACAAACGUUGGCUGGCCUCGGCCUUCAUCAUUCAGCCGCCGAGCAUCCAUCACUGGCAAAAUUCUUUCGGGUUCUGAGCCUGCAUUCCUGCUCUUCCAACUACGACGAGCCCAGUCCCAUUGGUACCAGGCGCUUUUCCAAGCAGAGCCAACCCCAUUACACAAUGCAUCCUCAUUCAUCUGGCAAAUGUGUCAAGAUAUGAGAGAAUGGGCCGAGACGCUUCCUACCACCCUACCAAUCGGCAUGAGGGAGUUAUUCGACCUUGAGCUGCGAUACAGUUUCGUCUAUUGCAUAGCGCCAUCAGCUAGAGCACCUCACAUGACCGAUUAUGGCCGGCUACUCAUCUUCGAGCACACCAUCGCGUACCUCGACCGCAUAUACGACGUAUCGCACCGCGAGAUGAAAACCGCCUUUUAUACAUACCACGACGCCCUGCGCGUCUUCUUCAUGGCAAGCCAGUUUAUCGCCGUCCUCCGCGACGCGGAAGACCUGCUCCUCGCAGGCGUCACUCCGCCGAUGCCCUUCGUCGAGGUCGGCAAACCGCAGCCGCCCCCUCUACCCUCGCGCCCCGGCGGCCCCGGCGUAGACAAUGUCGAGAGAAGCUUGGCGUGCAUAGAGAAGACCACACGCACGCUCGGGAAGUACGGCGAGCGCUGGGAGACGUCCGUGGCCCUGAAGCAGAGCUUCGAGAUGAUCUCGGGCGAAUUGGUAGACCGCCUGCGCGUGAGAAAGCAUAUAAAGCAACGUUCGACGCCGCCCCAGAACGUGUCGGCACCGCCGAUGGGUAGGGAGAUGAAGUGGGUGGGUGUUGAUGUCGAGGCUCUGAUGAGGGGGAGUUCGGGAGGGUCGAGGGGAGCUAAGUUUGAGUAGUGUAAAGGAACCUUGGUUUCCUCGGAAUAUAAAACGACCUCAGCGGUAUGGAGAUACUAUUAGUCUGUCGAGGCAUGUUUGCAUGGAAGGGCGUUGAGACG